AUGGCUACCAUCGUCAAUCUUACGCCUAACCCACGUCCACUACCAGACAAGGGGGGUGAAUUGAGCAUUAAGCAAGUCAAGCUCUCAACAGCCUCCACCUCCUCGAGCAAUACCUCCCACCCCACAGACAACGUCCAGAAGUCGACCUACCACAUCUACCACAAGCGCGACUCCCACUACCUCAUCACGCCCCGCGCCGAUGCCUACAAAGAUCUGUGCUCGCCCUCCCGCCGCGAAAAGCGCGCGCACGCCUCUGCAAAGAAGGAGCAGAAAAGACUACAGAAGCUGAAUGGCGGGGCGAUAGACGUAGACCCCGGCGUCGAGGCCCAAUCCUACUUCGUGCACACGCCGUACGUCUCCUUCCGCAACCCACCGCGCACCUUGAGACGGGGCAGCUCGAAAGACGGGCCUGUGGUCUGUCUGAUACACAAUUCGUUGUGGUGGAAGGAGUGGGUUGUGCAGGUGGGAGGGGCGCUUGAGGAGGACGGUGUUGUGGAUCCGAGGGGAGUUGUGGGCGAGAGGUUCGUGCGGGCACACGACAAGACCGACGAGAAGAGUCUGCGGGGCUACCCAGUCCGGUCGUGGAGGCUGUGGGGCGAGACGGGGAAGGCGUUUCAUCGGGAGACCAACCUGCUGCGGAAGAAGUCUAAGGCUGGGACGGUUGCUACGACGUCGGAACUUGACGUGGACGGCAACACCAGUGUUGUAGCGAGAGACCGCUCCCCGCCGACUGAGGACGAACCGGCAGAUAUCUCAUCCGUCGAAGAAACGAAAUACAUAGCCACCACAGCCAUCGAGAAGCCUCCCUUAGCGGACCAAGCCCUCCGCCUCAUCUGGACCUCCCCUUUCUCUAAGGCCACGAGGCGCUAUCAUUUCCACUACGCCGGCAUCGACUUCUACUGGAAAGGCACAAGCACUCUUAGACAAAGCGGGUUCUGGGGCUCCUGGCUGCACUUCAACCACCUCAAGCUUAUGGCACAGCUUCCUAUCGAUCCUACGGCAGUGUUGGACAAAGGUGACUCAAACAUGGGCGGGAAGAGGGAGGUUAUGCUCGCGAGGUAUACGUCGAAUAUCUGCGAGAAAAAGGCAGGUAUGCUUGAGGUGUUUGACUCGGCUGUUUUACGGUUGCUUCGAGAGCAUAUGCCAUCCGUCCAACUGGGUAGUGAGACGGUAUUGGCAGAGCACGACGCAGAAGCCGCGGCCCCCCUACUGCACGAAGGGCAUGACGCUGAGGAUGAUGUUGCAGCUGUGCGUCGUACAAGGCUUUAUGACCUUAUCAUCUCGACUACUGUGUGCAUGAUCAUUGGCGAGGCGCAGAAGCGGGCUAUGGCCCGGAGGUUCGUCGAAUUGUGUCUGGGCGAGGCUGGCUCUGGUGGGGGAUAA